GUUCUGAAAGCGUUUCCCUUUCCAACUACGGUCACAGCUUUUCAGUUAGGCUGUGGGACAGUAAUAGUAAGCUUAAUGUGGGCCCUUAAUUUUCAUCCCAGGCCCAAGAUCAAGCGCUCCCAGCUUUCGGCCAUUCUUCCGCUGGCCAUAGCGCACACGAUGGGAAACAUACUGACCAAUGUGAGUCUUGGAAGAGUUGCGGUUUCGUUCACUCACACCAUCAAAGCAAUGGAGCCAUUCUUCACUGUCCUUCUCUCUUUUCUCUUUUUGGCUGAGAGGCCCUCUUUCUGGGUUGUUCUUUCUCUCGUACCGGUUGUAGGAGGAGUGGCACUCGCAUCUUUCACUGAAGCCUCAUUUAAUUGGAUUGGUUUCAGCAGUGCCAUGGCUUCAAAUCUUACAAAUCAAUCACGUAAUAUCUUCAGCAAAAAGUUCAUGGUUCACAAAGAGGCAUUGGACAAUAUCAACCUCUUCUCUGUGAUUACUAUCAUUUCGUUCAUCCUUCUGGUUCCCACGGCCCUUGUCCUUGAAGGCACUAAGUUAUCUCCUUCAUACCUGCAAUUAGCUGCAAAUCAAGGGUUGAAUGUAAGAGAGCUAUUCACUAGGUUGCUUCUAUCUGGUAUCUGUUUCCAUAGUUAUCAGCAGGUUUCUUAUUCAAUACUACAAGUAAUUUCACCAGUCACCCAUGCAGUAGGAAAUUCUCUGAAGCGUGUGGUGGUUAUAGUCUCCUCAGUUAUUUUCUUCCAAACAGCUGUCUCACCUCUAAACGCCCUAGGAACUGCCAUAGCGCUUGUGGGAGUUUUCUUAUAUUCAAGAGCAAAGCGUAUUAAGCCCAAGUUGAAGGCAGUAUAAAUUGUUGUAUGAUGAAAGAGAACUAACAAAAAGAAUACAACAUACAUAAAAAUUAGUGUUAUUUCUAGUUUAAGGGUUUUGUUUUGUGCCAAUAAACUAGGGAUCUUUUAUUUUUUAGUUUUUUUAUUGGCUUUUUAUGGUUCAAACUAGUAAUAAAGAAUUAGAUAAAGACAAUUAUCAUCAUCUCAAAGGUUGAUGGUUCGA